GCUGCUCCAUGUUAACUGACCUUGGACUCGGUAACCCAGCAACCCGAACUCAAAUUCUCUCUUUAUCCGUCUCUCUCCCCCCAAAUUGGUCUCGCUAUCUCUCGCUCUGCAAGUCAGACACAUCUGAAUUCUGUAGGAGAAACGACGUUCAUGCUCUCUCCAAAACCCAAGGGCUUUAACUUCGAUUUUGAAUGAAGUUCAAAUUGCGCGCUUCAUUCCUAUCGAGAUUUCGGUGAAAGAGAGAGCUAGGGUUUUUUCCAUAUCUGCAUUCGGAUAUACAACUAGGGGUUCGAUACGAGUACUAUUCUCGAGCUGAUCAUGGAUUCGCGAGAUUCUUCUUUUCAAUUUCCGGCGGUGAAUAGAGACGGGCCCUCCUCUGGCGCCGCUGAUGAUGAUACCGUCUUUUCCGCUGCUGCUGCUUUUGCCAAGGAAGCUUACCUCCACUUCCAGGCUCGUCGGUAUGUGGAGUGCCUUGAGGUCUUGAAUCAAUUAUUGCAGAAGAGGCCCGACGAUCCCAAGGUUAUUCAUAACAUUGCAAUUGCAGAAUUCUGUCGCGAUGGUUGUUCUGAUCCAAAGAAGUUGCUUGAAGCACUUGAUGAUGUCAAGAAGAGAAGCAAAAAGCUUGCUCAAGAUUCUGAAGAGCAGUUGGAUCUUGGAAAUAAAGUUAACUCCAUGGCUAAAGGAAGUGGUGAUCAAUAUGGUGCUGGAAGUAGUGCAAGUGUUGGUUAUGUGGAUGAAUUUGAUACUUCCGUGGCUUCGCUAAACAUGGCAGUUGUUUUGUUCCAUCUUCAUGAAUAUCCAAAGGCAUUAGCACUUCUGGAACCUUUGUUUCAAAAUAUUGAGCCCAUAGAUGAGACAACAGCUUUUCAUGUUUGCUUCCUGUUUCUGGAUGUGUUGCUUGCUUGCAAUGAUGCACUGAAAUCUACUAAUGUGCUGCUAUAUCUCGAAAAAACAUAUGGGGUUGGUUGUCUGAGCCAAAGUGACAACGGAAGCGUGGGACUGCAGCAAGCUGCAAACCUUGUCACAAAAUCAUCUUCUGUCCCAACCAGUGCAUCUGUGACGGAUGCUGCUAGUUCAGAUUUGGCUUCUGGUGUAAAUACCACAGAGAAUCCUUUAUUGAGAACUUUGUCAGAGGAGACACUAGAGUAUGAUUCCAUGUUUUCGCUUGAUAUUGGUGGACAGAACUUGCAAAGGCCAGCUGGUGUUUCACCUUCAAAUGAUUUCUCAAGGAUUCAAGCUGAUAGGUCUAUCAUGAAUGUAGAUAUCAAGCUCAAGUUGCAACUUUACAAGGUUAGGUUUCUGCUUUUCACUGGGAACCUAAAGCAAGCAAAGCGUGAAGUUAAGCAUGCUAUGAACAUUGCACGUGGAAGGGAUUCUUCCAUGGCUCUAUCCUUGAAGGCUCAGCUUGAAUAUGCUCGUGGAAACCACCGUAAAGCCAUCAAGUUGUUGAUGGCAUCAGGCAACCGCACAGAAACAGGGAGUAUGAGCAUGUUUCACAAUAAUCUUGGAUGCAUUUAUUAUCAGCUUGGGAAAUGCCACAUGUCAUCCAUAUUCUUUUCCAAGGCUUUGAGUAAUAGCUCGUCUCUUGGGAAAGAGAAGCCUCUGAAGCUGUUGACUUUCUCACAGGAUAAAUCACUCCUUAUAACUUAUAACUGCGGUGUGCGGUAUUUGGUUUGUGGAAAACCCUUACUUGCCGCUCGCUGUUUCCAGAAGGCAAGUGUAAUGUUCUAUAAUCGACCUCUCCUGUGGCUUCGAUUCGCUGAAUGCUGUUUGAUUGCAUUUGUUAAGGGAUUGCUAAAGGUUAAUCAGGCUGGGCUAGACAUUAAAAUUCAUGUUAUUGGCAAGGGUAGGUGGAGACAGCUUGCAGUGGAAAAUGGAAGCAGUAACACAAGAAAUGGACAUGUAGAUUCUAUUGGAAAGAACAAUUUGGUUUUGGGAAGUGACGGGCAGCCCAAACUCUCUCUGCCACUUGCACGGCAGUGUCUUUUUAAUGCUUUGCACAUACUAAACUCUUCUGAGCCAACUUAUUUGGAGUCCAGUUUGCCCUCUAGUAUCUCCUUGGAGGAAAACGAAUUGAGUGAAACAUCUUUCAAAAACUCUAAUCACAAGAAGUUACCUAGUGCCAAUUUGAAGGCGUCCGGUAUAUCGACAAGCUUGGGUCAGAUUGAUGCGAACGGGGAUUCAAAAGAGCAAAAGACAUUAACAAGUCGGGAUAUUAUUCAGAAUUCCAUUUCCUAUUAUGAAGAUGUUGAAAGAAGGGAAAAUCAGAUGAUUAAGCAAGCUCUUCUUGCCAAUUUGGCUUAUAUUGAGUUGGAACUAAAAAACCCUUUGAAAGCCUUGUCGACGGCAGGAUCCCUUCUGGAACUUGCGGUAUGUUCAAAGAUUUAUAUUUUUCUAGGUCAUGUGUAUGCAGCAGAGGCUCUCUGCAUGUUGAACAAGCCAAAGGAAGCGGCUGACCAUUUGUUGGUUUAUUUGUCUGGAGGAAACAGCUUUGAAAUGCCGUUCAGCAAAGAGGACUACGAGCAACUGCGAGUUGAGAGAACAGUGGAUUGUGAAGAGUUGAAUGGAGUAUUUGGGUCUGGCAAGAGUGCCCCUCAAGAGGAAACGGGAGGUUCUCCCUUCCUCAAGCCAGACAAGGCCCGCAGAACACUUUCUGCAAAUUUUGCUGCAUUGUCUGCAAUGCAAGGAGAAUUUGAUCAAGCCCGCCAUUUUGUGACUGAAGCAUUGUCCCUGAUGCCGAAUAAUCCGCAAGCGACUUUAACUGCAGUUUACCUGGAUCUUAUGCUUGGUAAGUCUGGAGAAGCUCUUGCCAAGUUAAAAGAAUGUAGUCAGGUCAGGUUUCUUCCCAGCACUAUACGAGUGAAUAAAUCUUGUUGAUGGCCAUCCUCAAUUCUCAAUUUUAGUUUAGUUAGUGGUUAGCUCACCAGUCCUUGUAGAGGAUUUGUAACAUAAGUACAGUCCAAUUUUUGUUUUAUCAUUUUUUUUUUCCUGUUCUCACCCAUAACUUAGGGUUGGUUAAUCGGUGGUGCGGCUGAGUGUAUUUGUUUAGAGCAAAAUACCCAUUUCCCAAAGUUGAGAUGUAAUUCUCGUUUCCAUGUUUCGUUGGCUAAAUCAUUUGCCAUUCAAGAAUGGAUAUAUAUAUCAUUUACUUUUCUUGGUUUUGUAA